AUGCGAGGAUACAGGCACCGAAAACGAACAGAUCCCAAAGGCUUCAGUGUUUGUCAAUCAUCACAACGGCCUAGGGGCUACAUUUCACCAUUCAAGCGCCACCUCAACCUCGAUCAAUGCCUCCUGGAUUCUCGCUCUAGUGAUUCCGCUGUGGACGCCAAUUUGAAUGAUCAAAAUGACCAGGGGGACACGAUCUCAGAGCUCUUUGAAGACCUCGAACAGCUUGUUGCUUCACCUGAGAAUCGGCACCCUGCCAAUCCAGGCGAACCCACUCCGGAGCCCUCUGAUUUGUAUAAUCCCUCCCAGGUCACCCCUGGAGCCCCUUCUCUCCCAAGUGCACGACAUAAAAUCGCUAGAUUACCUUAUCAUAUAUCAACAGCGUAUCACUCAGCAAUCAUGUGUCUGCCAAACUUUGCGAGCUCAACUGAAGCUCCUAUGGAAGACUUACAUGAACCAGGCCCGAUUGUCCCUCGAAAGCGUCGUUACCCAUCACAUCCACACAAAGACACGCAGUGUAAGCGUUCGCGUCAACCUCAACAGUUGCCCCAACCGGGGUCUCCAAUACAACCUGUGCCCUUGGCCGUCCCCGUCACCCCUCAAAAACAACGUCAGAUAUCAAACGACCAUGAUGAAUCGGACCAUAAGCGUUGUUGUACCCAGUUCGAUUUCACCAGCAACCAACAUAUUGUCAGAACUUCAGCAAAUCACUCUUCACCGCAGCUUCACGGGAAUGUAACCCUCCAGGAGCCUGUGAUUGGACUCGAUAGACAAGCCCAAGCAGCGUACGAUGACACUCAGGCUCAUGCUCGGACUAAUCUCACCCCCGUAACUCAACCUUAUUGCCAGCCACUUCGAAACCAUGACUCAACCAACAUCGAUUUAGCCACCAAACCUGCUUCAACCACACAUCUUCUCUGA